UCCACACGACAUAUUAUUCGACGAAUUGGAGGAUGAAAGACUUAAUGAUGAGGAACGAGCAGAAGCAUGGAGGGACUAUGAGAGAGAACGUGCAGGAAUAUCUUAUGAUGGUGGACCUUUUGGUACUCAAGCACUUCCACCACUCAUCCCCGCAACUCAACUUUUUCAACAGCAACAGGCUUAUCAAUUGGCAUUACAACAACAAUUCCAGUUUUCUAAAUCGAUGGAACUUCUUUUCCAAUUAUAUCGAAGUGAUCGAAUUUACAAUAGAAGUUUAAAAGUAAAUGGAAUGACACAUCAAAUGGCAAUGUCAAUAUUUAAAAUAAAGACAUUUCUUGCUUAUUUUAUUUAUUUUGUUCCGAAAAAUUUGUCAGGCAAAAUAAAUGAUUCUGAGGGAGUUAAAAGAUAUUUUGUAUCUAUUGUUGAUCAAGCAAUGCAACAAAAUGAAAGUCCACAAGUUCUCUAUGCAAAAGCUUUAUUUAUUUUAAGCACUACAAUUAAUUUGGUUAAAGAUUUACCCCAAUGCAGUAUUGGUGUUCGUUAUAUUUCCAAUCUCUUUCCUGAUAUUGAAAAAAUUGGCAGGAAUAUAUUAUAAAUUAUUUGAAAAAAACGUUUUUUUUAUUUUAUUAUUCUUGUGAUUUUGCUUAAUUAGAUGCAAUGUUUGAAUUUUUAAAUGAAUGUUUUGUAUUUUUGUAAAGCUUGCAUCUAUUAAUUUUUC